ACCCAAUCAAUGAGACUAUCUUUGGAGGUGGAGAAUGACGGAGAGAAAGCCUCGGAACCUCUAGAAAAAAUCAAGGAAUUAUUGAAGGAGUUCCAAGACAUUCUUCCUGACGAUCUUCCGAACGAGCUACCGCCAUACCGAACGCAUCAACACGAGAUCGUGGAGGAACCGGGUUCGAAGCCGACCUUCCGAGCACCAUACCGGCUCAGCCCUACGGAGCUGACUGACAUGAAAAAAAAGAUCGAGUAUCUCCUAGCCAAAGGACUCAUCCGGCCAUCCACUUCGCCAUACGGUGCCCCAGUACUCUUCACACCGAAACCGGACGGAAGCCUGCGCAUGUGCAUCGACUACCGAGCUCUUAACAAGCAGACCAUCAAGAACAAGUAUCCGAUACCACGAAUCGAUGACCUGCUUGACCAGCUUCGGGGAGCUAUGGUAUUUUCCAAAGUGGAUCUGCGGUCCGAAUACUGGCAGAUACGGAUGGCGGACAACUCUAUCCACAAAACUGCUUUUCGAACUCGGUACGGAUCGUACGAGUAUUUGGUCAUGCCAUUCGGACUCACUAACGCGCCGGCAACGUUCCAAGCCGAAAUGAACCACAUUCUACGACCACUUAUGGACGAAUGCGUGGUGGUGUACCUGGACGACAUACUCAUCUACUCGCGCGACAUGAAACAACACGUCGAACACCUGCGACGCGUCUUCGAAAUUCUUCGACGAGAACGAUUCUACGUCAAACUGUCCAAGAGCGAAUUCGCCCUGGAGAAGGUCCAAUUUCUAGGACACAUGGUGAGCGCUCAAGGAGUUCACGUCGACCCCAAGAAAAUCGAAGCCGUACGUACGUGGACGACACCCGAGAACGUGGAGGAGUUGCAGCAGUUCCUAGGCUUCGCUAAUUACUACAACAGGUUCGUGCCACAGUAUGCGAAACUCGCGGCACCACUCACGAAUCUGCUGAAGAAGAACACGCCCUACAAAUGGGAGAUGAAGCACCAGGACUAGAUCCGCAAUCACUGGCGACUCCCGUUU